AUGUCUUCAGACUUUGAUGAACUGCUAGGAAGAUUCCCCUACUUCGACCCCAAAGGCUUGAAGAUCAUCCAGAAGGUGCUUGAGAAGGCCCUCCGUACCUCGGUUCACGCUGAGGUCUUUGCGUAUCUGAGCACCAAGCCUCGGAUCGACCGCAACUCGGCGCACUCGACUUCGUGUACCGUGUAUUGCAACAUCUGGGAUUCCCAGCAGGGAACCCAUGCCAAGAAGGCCCUUGGCCAACCGAUCUUCCUUGCUGGACGGUCCUGUCCACAUGAGCAGAAGGAGCAGCGUCAACAUGCGGGAUGUUGCAAGGGGAACGCGAAAGCGAAACCCCCUGUGCUGCCCACCCCUCGUGACCAGCCUUGCCCCCACAAGGGCCGCUGUGUCAACUGCCACAAGGACCACACCACCAAUUCAGCUUCGUGUAAGUUCUGGGCUCAUCACUACGACCAUGAGUGGAUCAUGGCCGAGUAUUGUCAGGUACAUGAGCAUGCUGCUCGCCGCCAACUUACUAACCCCCGAACCUAG